CCUCUAACACAUGUCUCUCAUUAUAGUCAGAACUCAAAGAUCGUGUUACAUACUUAUUACCUUUAGCUACUCUUUCUUCUCUUUUAUCUUUAGAGAAGUCAAGACACAUUCUUGAGUGUGGAGGAUAUUUCAAGAUAAGAAAGCUCACAGUAACAGGAACAGUGGUGAAAAUGAAUGGCCUUUAUACUUUCCUCACUGUAUCGGUUUUGCUCGUGCAUGGUGUGUUUGGUGAUGAGAUGGUGUCAGUGAUGGAGGGAGAUCCGGUCACUCUGCAGACUGGUGUUGUAAAAACACAAGAUAAUAAGAUGGUGUGGUCUUUUAAUAACAUUCGCAUUGCUAAAAUCAAUGGAGGUCCCGGUAAAGCCUGUACAGAUGUCCAGUGUAAUGAUGGCACUGAGGGGUUCAGAGGCCGACUGAAACUGGACCUUCAGACUGGAUCGCUCACCAUCACGAACAUGAAAAUCACAGACUCUGGACUUUAUAUAGUUGAGAUCAUCACUGUCAGCAGCAGCAGCGAAAAGAUCUUCAAAGUAACUGUGCUUGGUGUGCCUGGUGAAGAGACCGAUGGAGUGGAGAUGAAGUCAGUAGAGGAGGGACAUUCUAUCACUUUGGAUUCUGGUGUGCAAAAAAUUCAAAAUGGCUCGAUGGCAUGGUAUUUUAAUGACACUCGCAUAGCAGAAAUCAGCGGAGAUCCCAGUAAGCCCUGUGCAGAUGUGAUGUGUAAUAUCGAUGGGAGAUUCAGAGGGAGACUGCAGCUGGAUCAGACUGGAUCUCUCACCAUAACAAACACCAGAACCACAGACACCGGACAAUACCAACUCAAGCCCAGCAGCAGACGUCGCCGCCGCCACAGCAUCAGCGAACAUGACUCGAAGACAUUCCACGUUAAUGUCAUUAAUGCGUGUACAUCUUCAGGUGUUGUAGCAGGAAUAUCUGUGUGUGUUCUGCUGAUGUUUGCUGCUGCAGUUGCUGUUGUGAUUUACUAUCGCCACAGGAAGUCUAAAACAGGGACAAUCCCCCCGGAGCAACCUGGAGUUAAGUGUCUUACUCAAGGACACAAUGGUGGUGACUGUGGGGAUCAAACCAGCAACCUUCUGAUUACCAGUUAUGUGGUUUAGCCCACUACGCCACCACCACUCCAUAUGAGAUGAUGAAUGAAGAUCAGUCAUCAGAAUUAUUGAAUCUAAGAGGCUCCUGACAGAAUCAGUCAGUGCAACAUUUAUUCAGAUUUUAAGUAAAUGGGCAAAAACAGAUAAGAAUCUUUUUCUAUUAGCCUCUAAAAUCAUUAAUGGAAAAAUACACGAAUAUCCUGCAUAACAUACAUUUAAAUGAUAAAGCACAGACCUUUAUUAAUAGUAUUAUCAGUAUUUAAUUGUAUUUAUUUUAUUUUCAUUUAAAAAAUGUUUGAAUGGUUAACAAAAUGGUAAAUGUAUAGAAAAAAUAUUCAAUGUAAUUUUUGGAAGCAAAUAUAGAAAUGCACAAGGCACUGGCUAAAUGUGUUUGUCACUGAACGUCAAUAGUGUCCCAUUGUGUGCUUUUGUGGGUCUGUUAGAAUUUCAUUGGAAAGUGUUACACCCUCAGGUCAGCCAUGAUAUAUUUAUUUUGAUUCCAUGAAGAUGAUCAAUUAAACAAGAGGACCUGUUGAUUCAGAUUAAACCAGUUUCCAUUUAACAGUCAUAUGAUUGAAAAUCAAUGUAUAAACAGAUGUGAAAUAAAUUUGUAUUUAUACACCAGUAAAUUCUACAUAUUUUUACUCAGACACUUACAACUUCUACUGUCAACUUGGUAAGAUGGAAGUCAUGUUUGAUAGUUAUUUCAUGCCUGUAGUUCAUUUCUAAUUGGCGAGACUGAUGAUGUUACAACACUCCUGCUCUCCCCUACUUGUUCCUGAAAGCAUCCUGAAUAAACUAUGUGGCUCUUAUCGGCCAUUUUUUCACCUAUUU